GGCGCGCCGCCGCCCGGGGGCGGCGCGGCGGGCGGAGGGAGAGCGCCAGAGGUGGACCAGCCUCGGGGCGGGCCCCGCCGGCGACGAGGAGGAGAGGACGCGAAGACGCUGGGGGAGUGGUGCCCCCUCGUCAUCAACCUGGCGCGGCGGAGCGACCGGCUCGCGAGGCUGCACGGCCUGCUGGCGGGGACGGACAACGGGCGCCUCCUGGGCCGCCUCGAGCGGCUGGACGCGGUGGACGGCAGGAAGCUGCCCCUGAGCUCGAGGAAUUUAGAACUGCAUAUAUGUAAACUUCCAGAUCUCCGCGCGGAUUCCUCGGAUCUGCGCUGGCACGCCCUGGCCGCGCCUCCGGCGCCGAUCCAGGAGCUCCGAGCGGGCCUUUGGCAGUUUAUGUUUCUGUUUUUGUUUUUGGUUCCUCCAUGAGCGGCCCGCUGGUCCGAGAGGUGGUGGAGACCACGGCGCUGGCGCGGUCCAGGCGUGCGAAGCGCCUGGGCCUCUACACCAUCGUGCGCGGCUCGGAAAACGAGAUGGUCCAGUUCGACGACCACCUGACGCCAGGGGGCAUCGCUUGCGCGAUGUCGCACCGCGACGCGCUGCGCCGGGUGGCCACGCACCCCACCGCGGCGUGGGGCCUGGUGCUUGAGGACGACAUUGCCGCGGUCGUGCCCGACGCCGACCGCGUCGUGGCGCGGAUCUUGCGCGCUCUGCCGCACGACUGGAGCGCAGUCUUCCUGGGCUAUCACCACAAGGACGGCUGCCCCCAUCCCCGCGCGCGGGGCCCCGAGGGAAGGAGUGCGCGCGAGGCCCCGCAGGGUUCGGACGAGGAGGUGGUGGGCGCGCGGGUGUUCGAGAUCCACGACCACGUCUGGGGGCUCUACGCGUGGAUGGUGAGGAAGGAGGCGGCCCAGGAGCUGGUCGAUGGCCUCUUCCCGAUACGCGGGCAGGUGGACUAUGCGAUCUCCAGUUGGCUUGUUAGAAACCGCGGCGGUGUCUACUGCGUGCACCCAGACGAGUUGUUGUUCUACAGCCCUCCAAGCGAAGAGGGGCAGGACUCUGACAUACAGACUAUGGUGUACGAGGAAAAGGUGGUCGAACAACACGGCUCGUGGGAGAGCUACAUGAGGCAGCUCCGCCCGUGGGACUACGAGUUUGUGUUUAUGGUAGUCUUGUUCUUCCGGACCAGCUCUCGGGACCUCUGCGUGGACGCCGCGGCGCUGCAGCGGCUGGAGGCCGCCGAGGCGGGCAGCGGCGGCCACGGCGUCCGGUUCCGCCCCCACGUGCGGCCCUUCCUGCAGUGGGCGCUCGAGCACUUCGACCUGUACCUGUACACGCACGGGACGACCGCGUACGCGACGGAGGUCGUCGGGCGGCUGGACCCAGACAGGGCCUUCUUCGGGGUGCCCGCCCGGCUCUUCACGCGCGACAACACGCCACAGGGCCUCAAGGACCUGCGCGAGAUCUUCCCCCACGACCCCUCGCGCGCCCUGGUGGUCGACGACCGUGACGAGGUGUGGUGCCCGGAGGUCCGCAAGGGGCAGCUGGUCCGUGUCUCUCCCUUCCUGAGCUUCCGGGGGGACCCGCGCGAGGGGGUCUCGCUGGAGGGCAGCGCCGCGGCCGGGCAGCGGGAGCAGCCCGCCGCGAAGCGUCCGCGGCCCGCCCUCACUGACGGCGCAGGAUCGGAGCAGGGCGGGCCGGGGCCACAGCAGCUCGAGCUAGGCUGGCCUCCCGGCGCGGCCGGCCCGGACGCGCAGCUGCUCUUCCUGAUGCCCAUGCUGCGCGCCGUGCACGAGGCGGCCUUCGCCGGCGCCCCCAGCCGCCCCAGGCCGCUGGCCGAGGUGCUGCCCGCCAUCCGCCGGCGCGCCCUGCGCGGCUGCACCGUCUGCCUGACGGGCGUCGGCGGGGACGAGGGCGAGGCGGUGGGGCACGCGCUGGCCUGGUGGUGCAGGGCCCUCGGCGCGCAGGUCGAGGCGCAGCUGAGCCCCCGCACGACCCACCUGGUCGCGGCGCGGCGCGACACGCCCCGGUACCAGGAUCGCGGCGGCGCUGGAGAGGCCGGGCGGCGCGGGCCUGCGGAUCGUGCACCCCGGCUGGGUGCUGCGCGCCGCGGCGACGUGGCUGAGGCCCCCGGAGGACUUCUUCCUGCUCCCGCCCUCUGGGGACUGGCCCGACUUCCUCGACAUCUCGGAGGAGCACAAAAACUGCGCCAGCGCAGGGUGUCGCAGCCGCGCCAGGCGUUCUCGGAGCGGCGCGGGGCCCCGCUGGCGCGCUGCAGCGCGCUAUAG